GGUCCCACCUCUCCGCCAGAAGCAGUUACUGGCCAUUGUCAGCUGGCAGGCCGUGGCGGCCCCGCCCCCACUCAUCACGCCGUCGAACGCGCUGCGUUGCCACGUGACGAAGUUUGGGGGGUGUAGCCGCGGCGGCCCGGCGAGGUGAUAAAAAGGGGUGCCGCUGGCGGGAAGCGCCAAGAUGGCGGCGUAGGCGCAGGUCUUGCUUUUGCCCUGCUGUUCUGUUCCUCCCCGUCUUUCACCCGGAGCCGCCAAUAGGGCGGAGGCGUGUCUGCCGCUGGAGCCCCAGAGGCACGCCAGCCCCGAGGAGAGGCGCAGGGAGGCAGCGGAGGCGGCGACGAGGUGUCCUUGUAUCGCCUCCAGGAUGCCCAACAUCAAGAUCUUCAGCGGCAGCUCCCACCAGGAUCUCUCGCAGAAGAUCGCCGACCGCCUCGGCCUCGAACUCGGAAAGGUCGUCACCAAGAAGUUCAGCAAUCAGGAGACAUGCGUGGAGAUCGGCGAGAGCGUGCGCGGCGAGGACGUCUACAUCGUGCAGAGCGGCUGCGGCGAGAUCAACGACAACCUGAUGGAGCUGCUCAUCAUGAUCAACGCUUGCAAAAUCGCCUCGGCCAGCCGCGUCACUGCCGUCAUUCCCUGCUUUCCCUACGCGCGCCAAGACAAAAAGGACAAGAGCCGGGCCCCAAUCUCUGCCAAGCUGGUGGCAAAUAUGCUCUCAGUUGCUGGGGCAGACCACAUCAUCACCAUGGACCUGCAUGCGUCUCAGAUUCAGGGCUUCUUUGAUAUCCCUGUGGACAACCUGUAUGCAGAGCCUGCCGUCCUGAAGUGGAUCAGAGAGAACAUAGUAGAGUGGAAGACCUGCACAAUCGUCUCACCUGAUGCUGGUGGAGCCAAAAGAGUGACUUCUAUUGCUGAUCGGCUGAAUGUGGACUUUGCCCUCAUUCACAAGGAGAGGAAGAAGGCAAAUGAAGUGGACCGCAUGGUUUUAGUGGGAGAUGUGAAAGACAGAGUGGCUAUCCUUGUGGAUGACAUGGCAGACACCUGUGGAACAAUCUGUCAUGCAGCGGACAGACUGCUUUCAGCUGGAGCCACCAAAGUUUAUGCCAUUCUAACCCACGGGAUCUUUUCUGGGCCAGCCAUUUCUCGCAUCAACAAUGCUUGCUUCGAGGCGGUUGUAGUCACAAACACAAUCCCCCAGGAGGACAAGAUGAAGCACUGCCCUAAAAUCCAGGUCAUCGACAUCUCCAUGAUUCUGGCCGAGGCCAUCAGGAGGACUCACAAUGGCGAAUCAGUCUCUUACCUCUUCAGUCAUGUUCCUUUAUAACAGUCAAAGCUGCUGCUGCUUGUGUGGCUCUUUUUCUUUUUUUUUGGAAAAAAAAACAAACCAAAA